UAAAAAAAGAAUAACAUAAGAACAUAUUAAAGCGAAAAGAAGAAAUUAAUAAAUACGAAAAAAUAAUAAAAAAAAAAAUUAAUUUAAAUUAAAUAAUAUUUAAUAAUAUUAGUGACAAUAAAUAGAACGUUAAUUUCUUAAUUACAAGAAAUACGUAUCUGUACUACAAUAUAUUAAAAAAAAAAAAAUUAAAAUAAUUAAUUAAAAAUUUCAAUAUUGAAUUAAAUUCAUAAAUUGAAUUACAAAAUAAUUAAAAUUUUUUAAAAAUUUCUUAAAUUAAAAAAAAUAAUUUUCUCUUAUAUAAUAUAUAAUAUAACACUUAUUAUAUAAUCAUUAUAAAAAUGUUUGGUUAUAAAUUUGAAAAAUUAUUUAUUUACACUGUGAUAUUAAUAUUUGGAUUUAACAUUUUAAAAGUUAAUGCAAUUAGAUGUCAUCAAUGUAAUUCAUUAGUAGAUCUACAUUGUGAUGAUCUUAAAUAUAAUGCCGAAACGAUGACUAUAACUGAUCAAUUUCUUAAAGAUUGUACUGUACCACAAAAUGCUGAUAAAAGUUUAAAUCAUACAUUAUUUUGCCGUAAAACAACGUAUUUCUUAAAUUAUGAACAAUCAUCAAGAACUGUUAGAGCAUGUGGAUGGUUAAGAGAUCAUAAUCCAGUUAAUGAAUAUAAUAAAAAUAGAAAAUCAUGUAUUAGUGCUGAUAAUGAAGGAUAUCUUGAAACAAUUUGUAUAUGUGAUGAAGAUGGUUGUAAUUCAGCACCAAAUCAAUUAACAAAAUUUACAAAUAUUUUAAUUUCGUGUUGUACAAUUAUUGGAUUUUUAUUAUUAAAGUACUUAAAUUUUUAAAAGUA